UGUUAAAUUGGGAGAAUUUGAGCCACACGGUAGUUUGAGCAAUGGAGUGCGCAUUGUCUUCCCCACUGCGUGCCCCUUCACUCUCAGUCAUCUUUCCCGGCAAUUCUUCAGGACGAGCUUCUUCUCUUCACCUCCGGCAGCUCGUAGGGUUUCGUCCUUCUCGCUGCCAGAAGAUGUUUGUGCCUGGGUUUGGUGAAGCAUCACCAGAAGCGAAGGCUGCUGCGAAGCUUCAACAUUUCUUCACCUUCGUUGCAGUCAAGAUAGUUCUCGCACAGCUUCAGAGUUACAAUCGGGAGGCGUACGAGGAGUUGAUGGAGUUUGUAAGCCACAAUUCCUUAAAUGACGGCGACCAGUUUUGCAGCAGAUUGAUGCGGGAAUCUCCAAGGCACAAAGGCUUAGGUCUCUUUUGUUUUACAGCUCUGCGCAUCAUGGAGGUUCGAUCUGCAUAUUCCAAGAGAGAUUUUGAGUGGGACAACUUGCAGAAGUUAGCAUAUAAGAUGGUUGAUGAAUCCAACACAAGGCUUAUGCGAGACUAUGUCUUGGAAACGAGUCACAUAGAGGAUAAGUAAGGACGAAGCAGAAUUGUUUCUUUAAGUACAACUGCUCUUAAGCAGACCAAAAAACCUGUACGUGUAUAUAUAUUCUGUCAAUUUGAGGAUCCUGUCAUGCAUGCUUGCCAUGUAAUUUGUUCAUGAAUUCUAUGAUUGUAAAAGAUAAAAGUUUAUAUGAAUGUGUGCAAAUAAAUGAUAAAAGAGUUCACUUUUUUACCUUUUAGCUCCCGUCAAUGUGUAAUGGAGGAAGUUAGUGUUAACUGCUUCUGCACAUUCUCAUACAACAUAUGCUCAUGUUAAUUUCACUUUAGAUGAUUAGGACUGAAUUCAAAUUUUAUGUAUAAAAUCGCUUUAAUUUUACUGGGAACAAUCUAAAUCAUCUAAAAUAAACCAAUCAAUUAAGAUGAGAUAAUUGCACAGAUAGAAUUAACGAGUCAAUAAUAGAAGAUACGACCAUCGAGCUGUUAAUUAAAAUAUCAACAAAAACUGGUCAAGAAUGUUAUUUAAUCAUUAUUUUAAACAUAUUAUUUUCCUGUUUUUUUCAUUUUUUUUGGGUCUUUUUCGCAUUGAAGAGGGUGUGACAUGUGAACCCCACUAUCACCUCACCUGGGAACACUACAAGCUUGUACCUUUACUUUUUGUUUGGCCCAUCAAGCUUAUCAGGUAAAGCAAAAGCUGAAAUAUAUUUCACUUUCUAAGCUGUCUCAUAUGCCAAUCAUUCAUUCAGUCAACAUAAUAUUCUUUUUAGGGCAUUUACAUACAUAGCAAACAACUCUUAUGCAUUCGCAUAUCUCACACCAAAAUUUUCAU